AUGCAAGAUACAAUCAGUCGAUACAACCAACCGGGCAGUAACAAAGAAGAACUAGAGUUUACAUUCUAUGAGAGGUUGGCUCUUGAACUAGAAGAACAAGGACUCAGUGUAGGAUCCCUGAUAGUGGCAAAAGUUUUUCGAUUCUUCAAAAUGUACCUUGAAUGCGUGUUUCCACACAUAGGACUGGUCACUGUUCAGUACACAUUGACAGAGGUUACGCUACCAUCACACAACGACAAAAAGCCGAAUACAGAAGAUUGUGGAAUAUUCACAAUGCACCACAUGGAGCAGUAUGAUGGUGGUGACUACGACGACUGUACUACUUUGGAUUUCCACACAGGAAACAUCAAAGAGUACCGGUGGAGAUACAUGUUAAAAAUCCUUAUGCACCCAUCCAACAAAAAUAAGGACAAAAUCCUCGAAGCAAUGCACCAGUUCUACACAAAUACUGCUGAAGAAGAACCAAAAGAAAUUCCAGAUCAUGUUGAUUUGAGCAGCAAAUCUUACUACAAUGACAGAAAAAUUCAGGGAUGGGUUAAAUGA